CCGUCGCCACCCCUAAGCCUCUAACUCCUCUCUCCCUCGUCUCGGAUGGAUCGCGCCUCCUCCUGACUGCUUCUCCACCCCCCGCCAUGGCCGCCUCCUCCUCCUCCAUCCACAACAGAAACCCCGGCAUGGCGACGCUACUAGCUGCGCUCGGCCACCUGGUCUUCGUCCCGGCGCUUGCGGCGGCCGGGGCGCCGCCAUUCUCGUGCGGCCCGUCGUCGCCGUCCAAGGGGCUCCCGUUCUGCAACACGAAGCUCCCGGCGGCGCAGCGGGCGGCGGACCUGGUGUCGCGGAUGACGCCCGCGGAGAAGGCGUCGCAGCUCGGCGACAUCGCGCCGGGGGUGCCGAGGCUGGGCGUUCCGGGGUACAAGUGGUGGAACGAGGCGCUGCACGGGGUGGCCAUCUCCGGCAAGGGGAUCCACCUCGACCAGGGCGCCGUCCGCGCCGCCACCAGCUUCCCGCAGGUCCUGCUCACCGCCGCAGCCUUCAACGACAACCUCUGGUUCCGCAUCGGCCAGGCCACUGGCAAGGAGGCUCGGGCACUGUACAACAUCGGCCAGGCGGAGGGCCUGACCAUGUGGUCCCCGAACGUGAACAUCUUCCGGGACCCGCGGUGGGGCCGCGGCCAGGAGACCCCCGGCGAGGACCCCGCCGUGGCGAGCCGUUACGCCGCCGCCUUCGUCCGGGGCCUGCAGGGGAGCGCCAGCAACACGCGGGCGGCGCCGCCGGCCGUGCUGCAGACCUCGGCGUGCUGCAAGCACGCCACGGCGUACGACCUCGAGGACUGGAAGGGCGUGUCCCGCUACAGCUUCAAGGCGACGGUGACGGCGCAGGACCUUGCCGACACCUUCAACCCGCCGUUCCAGAGCUGCGUCGUCGACGGCAAGGCCAGCUGCGUCAUGUGCGCCUACACCUCCGUCAACGGCGUGCCGUCCUGCGCCAACGCCGACCUGCUCACCAAGACCUUCAGGUCCAGCUGGGGCCUCAACGGCUACGUCGCCGCCGACUGCGACGCCGUGGCCAUCAUGAAAGCCUCGCAGUUCUACCGCCCCACGGCCGAGGACACUGUCGCCGCCACGCUCAAGGCCGGAUUGGACAUCGACUGCGGCCCCUACAUCCAGCAGUACGUCACGUCGGCGAUCCAGAAGGGAAAGCUGACGCAGCAGGACGUGGACAAGGCCGUGAAGAACCUCUUCACCACCCGCAUGCGUCUGGGCCACUUCGACGGCGACCCCAAGGCCGGCGUGUACGGCAGCCUCGGCGCCGCCCACAUCUGCACGGCGGAGCACAAGAACCUCGCGCUCGAGGCGGCGCUCGACGGCAUCGUCCUGCUCAAGAACGGCGCCGGCGUGCUCCCGCUCAAGCGUGGCGCGGUGGCCUCCGCCGCUGUCAUCGGCCACAACGCCAACGACGUGCUGGCGCUCCUCGGUAACUACUGGGGCCCACCGUGCGCGCCCACGACGCCGCUCCAGGGGAUCCAGGGCUACGUCAAGAACGUCAAGUUCCUCGCCGGCUGCAACUCGGCGGCCUGCAACGCCGCCGCCACGCAGCAGGCGGCGGCGCUGGCGAGCUCGUCGGACGCCGUCAUCCUCUUCAUGGGGCUGAGCCAGACGCAGGAGAGCGAAGGGAAGGACAGGACGAGCCUUCUCCUCCCCGGGAACCAGCAGAGCCUUAUCACCGCCGUCGCCAACGCGGCGAAGCGGCCGGUGAUCCUCGUGCUCCUCUCCGGCGGCCCCGUGGACAUCACGUUCGCUCAGUCCAACCCCAAGAUCGGCGCCAUCCUCUGGGCCGGGUACCCCGGCCAGGCUGGCGGCCUCGCCAUCGCCAAGGUCCUCUUCGGCGAGAAGAACCCCAGCGGGAAACUGCCGGUGACUUGGUACCCUGAGGAAUUCACCAAGAUCCCCAUGACGGACAUGCGGAUGCGCGCCGCCGGCGGCUAUCCCGGCCGGAGCUACCGGUUCUACAACGGCAAAACGGUGUACAAGUUCGGCUACGGCCUCAGCUACUCCAUGUUCUCCCAGCGGCCAGUCACCGGCCGCAAGAACCCGGCCUACAACACCAGCCUAGUCGCCGCCGCUGGCCUGACGGCGACGACCGAGGAUAGGGCGAGCUACUACGUCGAUGCCAUCGGUGACGAGGUCUGCGAGCAGCUCAAGUUCCCGGCCGUGGUCAAGGUGAGGAACCAAGGGCCCAUGGACGGGAAGCACACGGUGCUCGUGUUCCUCCGGUGGCCGAACGCAACCGACGGUCGACCGGCGAGGCAGCUGGUCGGGUUCCAGGGCCAGCACCUCAAGGUAGGGGAGAAGGCGAACCUGAGGUUUGAGUUGAGCCCGUGCGAGCAUUUCAGCAGGGUGAGGAGGGACGGGAGGAAGGUGAUCGACAAAGGGUCGCAUUUCCUCAAGGUUGGCAGGCAUGAGGUGGAGAUUAGUUUCGGGGCAUGAAUAUUUGAAUUAUUUUAUUUAUGGCGGGAAAUAAGGAUAGGUCGAUACGGUGUAAUUCUUUUCUAGUGUGAUUUUCCACUUCAUUUUAUUAUUAUUAAAGCCACAGAAAAUAUUGUAGUACAAAGUUCCAAGAAAAAUUAUGUGUUUUCAAGUGCAGCCCA